CCAUAUUUUAGUUAUGAAUUAGAGGAACGUAGUUGCAUUUGUUUACUUAUGGCCAUAUCGUGGUAUGCUUCAGAAUGAUUGAUAAGAAAGAUCCUUUAGAUCUCGAUUAUCAUGCAUAGAAUCAUCAUCACAAAAACAUCGCUUUGAAUAUUAUUUUGUGAAUUUUUAUAAAUGACGGUGGAGAAAAUAGCAGGUGUUGACAGAAGUCAGAUUUCUACUACCGUGAUCGUCCAGCAUAAGACUGAUUAGUACAUCCGCUCUUCAAGUGCAAAUUAAUGCGAUAUAAAGUGAGUGAAGUGAAACCGGGAAUCCUUCCCAUCAAAAUCCAGUGUAGCUGAUGAGAUUAGAGUCUUUGAUUUUAGGUGUCUUAGCAACAAAAUGCCUUUCUUACAAAGACUCAUCCAGCCUGUCCAUGUGUGCCGCAAUACUCUUCCAGUAGAUAACCGCGGUGCCUUGGCUAUUGAUAUUCCCAAUGAGCUGGAAUGUGUGACUAAUGGAACACUGGCUAAUGUUAUUCGGCAGUUAUCAUCCUUGUCAAAACAUGCAGAAAACAUUUUCACAACUCUCUUCAAGGAGUCCACGUCUAUUGCUGCAAGGACACAAUCCCUGCAAGGCCGAAUUGACCGACUUGCUGUUAAAGUAACUCAGUUGGAUUCCAAUGUAGAAGAAGUGUCUUUGCAAGACAUUCAUAUGCGAAAAGCAUUUAAGAGCUCCAUUGUUUUCGAUCAGCAAGUAGUGUCUCGCUGCUCAAUGCCUGCUGCAAUGCUCGAGAUUUAUAAAAGAUGUGGGAAGCCACCUCCAUUAGACAAAUUAAAUCCUUAUAGGGAAGAUGGAAGAGAUGGCUUAAAGUUCUAUACAGAUCCAAACUAUUUCUUUGAUCUUUGGAAGCAAGAGAUGUUAAAAGACACUGAAAAGCUUAUCCACGAUAAAGGCAAAAAACCACACAGACCAAGACCUGAUGGAGCAAAACGCCACAAAAAAGUCAGGCAGCCCCACAAUACCCGUGAAAAGUAUAGAAUGAUGGCUUGCACUCAAGAUUUUAUUGACAAAGCAAAUUACCCACAAUCCAACUAUAGUGAUACUACACAAAGAACCCCAAGUCUAGUGAGUGAUGGAACAGAUGGAAUACCAAUGAGGCCAAAUAGUCUUGAACUGCACAUGCCUUAUCUAGAGCAGGAUGGAAGCUAUGGUAGCCCAGCCAAUCAUUAUCCUCCUCCACCACCUGCUUAUUCUGAGUAUCAGACUCAAGCCUAUCCCCAGCAAAAUAUGGCUCAGCAGCAGCAUUAUCCGCCUCCUCCUCCUUAUUCAGUCAAUUCCCCUGACCACAGAAUUUCUUCUAACAACAGCACUCCAACAAGGCAGAGUCGAGCAGGAUCUAGACCCUCUCAGCCACCGCCAGCCCCACCUGUUGUGGGUUCAAAUGGAACAUCUACUCCCCCCAUAUCUGCAGGUGGAACACCUUCCAGUGGCGCUGGUCGGUAUCGAUCAGGUAGUCAUUCUAGAGAGACACUUCCUCCACCACCUCCUCCUCCAGAUAAUGUAGUGAAUGGCUUCCAACCAAAUCAUAUGGCCGCUCUUUACUUAACGCAGAAAUCUGUGCCAAUGGCUGCAAACAAUCAAGGUUCUCGUCGAGAUACCCCCAAUCACCAUCCUCACUUGAUGAACCACAUGUCCAUGGCUAGAGACCAUACUCCACCUCCAGAUACCAUCAGCAUGACUUCAGAUUCUUUGGAUCUACCACCACCACCUCCAAUGCCUGAUGCAGAAUUGGCAGUGGCACCACCAUCACCACCUCCACCUCCUUUGCCCAAUAGUGUAGCAGUACUGCCUCCACCUCCUCCACCAUUGCCACAAGACAGUGCAGCAGUGGUCACUAGAGUAUCCGAUCUUCGAAUGCAAGAGUCUCAUGGAGUGUCCUGUGAAUCCACUAGUACUGGCUCCAGCAAGAUGAGUGAUGAAACAGAUUCAAAAUCAAGAUCACCUGCUCAGGGAGAUGGAAGAAGUGAUUUAUUGGCGGCUAUUCGAGAAGGUAUCAAACUUCGCAGAGUGGAGGAUAUAAAACAGAAGGAAGUAGAGAAGGCUGCUCCUCUGCAUGAUGUUGCUUCCAUUUUGGCUAGGAGAGUUGCUAUGGAAUUUUCUGACUCGGAUUCUGCUUCAGAAAGUGAAUAUGAUAGUGAAGGUUGGGGUGAAGAAGAUGCCAGUGAAUGCUAGUUGCAUGGGUAUUCUGGAUUUGUAGAUACCCCAAAUAAGUGCUUUUAGCUUCAUUUUUGUAAGGACCAAGCUGCAUUUAAAUAAAUACCUUUUUUAUAUUUCAGACUUUUUGUAAAUCAUCUUCUACAGAUGUUUUGUAUGCAAUAAUUUCAAGCAAAUGAUUUUUUUUU